CUCAGGAUCCUCAAGGCUUGCCAUAGUUCCAGAAGAGAGAGCAGCAGCUCCUCUGCAACAGCUGUCUAUCAUUUCAAAGUAUUAAAAGGCAAUGAAAAUGAAAAGCGUUUAUUUUGUUGCUGGGCUCCUUUUAAUGAUAGUUCAAGGCAGCUGGCAAAAUCCUCUUCAGGAUACAGAGGAGAAAUCAAGAUCAUUCAAAGCUUCCCAGUCUGAACCAUUAGAUGAAUCUAAACAGCUGAAUGAAGUGAAGCGUCACUCACAAGGCACAUUCACCAGUGAUUACAGCAAGUACUUGGACACCAGACGAGCUCAAGACUUUGUGCAAUGGCUAAUGAGCACUAAAAGAAAUGGCCAGCAAGGACAGGAGGACAAAGAAAAUGACAAAUACUCGGACCAGAUCUCAAGCAAUGAGAUCUCCAAGCGUCAUGCUGAAUUUGAGAGACAUGCGGAAGGCACCUAUACCAGUGAUAUCACCUCUUAUUUGGAAGGCCAAGCUGCCAAAGAGUUCAUUGCUUGGUUAGUGAAUGGACGAGGAAGAAGAGAUUUCCCAGAAAAAGCUCUUGUGGCCGAAGAAAUGGGACGAAGGCAUGCAGAUGGAACUUUCACGAGUGAUAUCAACAAAGUCCUUGAUGACAUGGCUGCCAAAGAGUUCCUAAAGUGGCUGAUUAACACAAAAGUUACCCAAAGAGACCUUUUGGGAGAAAACCAGUAAAAACACGGAAUAAAUAUGGGAUAAAUGAAGAUCUUCACUGCAUCAACUGCCAGUUAUUAAGAGAUUCUGAAAUCUGAAUUCUGUUAUUUACAUUAGGUGUAACAUACCUACGUCACCUUGCAUGCCAGAACAUAAUUAUACUAUAGUUUAGAGUUGCCAAAGGUUCAUAUAUGGAGAAUUUACUGUUUAAGCGAUGGUUAUCUUAACAGCUUUAAGACUAUGAAAGUUCCAUAUCUUCAUAAUUUCCAUUUACUCAAAAUGAAAUAACUCCAUUUAUAGUUAAUGAUAACAUUAUUUUUCUAAAAAGGUGACUUCUACACACAAAGGAUUCAAUCAUCAAUUAUAUGUGUUAUUUGUAAGGAGCUAGCAGUUACAAUGCCUGAGAAGUGAGUAUCCCUCUUAAAACCUUUGUUAUAAAAAGGCUAAGCUUUAAGGAUAUUAAAUGAUAGCCUUAAAUAAAUUUUUUCAAGCUUAUUUUCUGUUGAGUUUUCAUGUGUA